GUGCGAUAGCCUGUUAGUAGCUGUGAGGUGUUACACUUUCCCCUUGACAUCCACGACCACGAAGGCACUUGAAACCAGAGCAGUUCAGGGGCACUAUUAUCAGUUUCCUCCUCCGCUCUGUGGAUAUUUUAAGGCUGCGCUGACAGAAGCAGAAGCUGUGCCUGGAGCAAGGAAUUAAAAAAAAAAAAAAAGAAGUGAAUAAAACUUUUUUGGGACAAGAUGGCACUCCGGCAGAACUCUGACAAGGAGCCAAGCAUCGAGUUGUUCAUUAAGGCUGGACAUGAUGGUGAGAAUGUGGGGAACUGCCCCUUCUGCCAAAGGCUCUUCAUGGUUUUGUGGCUGAAAGGAGUGAAGUUUACAGUGACCACUGUUGACAUGAGGAAGAAACCAGCAGAGCUGAAGGACCUGGCCCCAGGGACAAACCCUCCUUUCCUCCUCUACAACGGCACCCUGAAAACAGACUUCAUCAAAAUCGAGGAGUUUCUUGAACAAACACUGGCCCCUCCCAGGUAUCCUCAUCUCAGCCCGCUGAACAAAGAGUCCUUUGACGUGGGUGCUGACAUUUUUGCAAAGUUCUCUGCUUUCAUAAAGAACAGCCCAAACAACGCCUUCCAUGAGAAAAACCUGCUGCGGGAGUUUAAACGCCUGGAUGAUUACCUGAACUCCCCCCUCCCUGAGGAAAUUGACCACAACUCGACGGAAACCAUCAGCGUCUCCAAGAGGAAGUUCCUGGACAGCGACCGCCUCACCUUAGCUGACUGCAACCUGCUGCCCAAGCUGCACGUCAUCAGGAUUGCUGCCAAGAAGUACUGCGACUUUGACAUUCCCGACCAGUUCACAGGUGUGUGGCGAUACCUUCAGAACGCCUACGAGAGAGAGGAGUUCAAACAGACGUGUCCGGCAGACAUUGAAAUUGAGAAGGCUUACUUGAGUGUGGUCAACAAGAGGAAGUAAACUUUUUAAACUGGUUUUCCCAAGUGUAACCAUGUAUGAUGAUCUGUAGAGGGCGCUAAAACUGUGGCAAUGAAUCAGACACUAGUCCACCUUAAAAAGCUUGACCUGAUGUCGUAGUAAGACUUGGGGACAUGCUAAAACAAAAUGUUUUAUUGGUUGUAUGUAUUGACUAUUUAUUGAUAGUCGAUCACAGAUAAAUGGUAUUUUUAUGCCACAUUGAAAAGGCCAAAUGUGCAAUUGACUGUUGAUGUAAUUUAGCAGAAUUUUUGUUUAUAGUGUAAAUAUAAAUAUAAGUUUUUUAUGAUCAACACACCCUCAUUAGAAUAUAUAUGAUUCUAUUAGUUUGAGCAGCACCUUCACAAACAGUUCAUUUUAAUGUAAAACAUGAAAUACACUUCUGUAUCUAACCCUGUACAAAUACAGUUUGAUAAUGAUUAUGAUAUUAAAUUGUCUCACUGUCACAAUAAUAAUAAAAUAAUAAUAUCAUAA